UAGUGGAGGGCCGCGUCGGUGUCGGUGGUGGGCCUCUUACGCCGGGCCUCAGUCACGCCGGGCGUCAGUGACUUCGCGUCCGCCGGUUCGAUCGGUUCCUCCUCCCGGGAGGAAGUCCCUGAUUGCUGGCCUCGUCCAAAUCUAUCUCGAGAAAGUUUUCCAGCCAAUUGUAUUUCGUAUCGGAAGAAAAAAAGUAAAAGUGAUCCACUUUUCCUUUCCAAUGGAAGAUUUAAAAAGUGAUUAUAAUUGUGAAUCCAACUGAACGAGGAAAGAGUUUAUACAAUUGAUAUAUGUCGAUACGAAGAAUCUCUUGAGAAGUUAUUUUGAAAGAAAGGAUCGUACCAAGUUUCUUGCCAAGGAUCUGAAGGAUCGAGAAUCUCGAGCGCCACUUGGGAGCACGUAUGGAUUUCGGGUUGCAGCCUCCUGGAGGAGGAGCUGGACGAUAGUUUAGAGAUCGAAAUGGCCCGCGACACCAUCAUCGGAAUCAUCAGCUGUUUGGAAGAAUGACGCAAUCCUUCCCUCGACCGACGUCCGGAGUUGGAAAGGGGGAGGCCAAGGUUGGCGAUUUCGAGGAUGGAACGAUCUCGAAGAAAGUUUUCCAACCAGAGAAUUUUCGCAAGCAUCGAGAUACACGCCGCCCGUUUUGCAAGAACCGUACAGUGAUCUCACUGCGCCCUGUUGCUUGCGGUAACAGUUAGUGUACAGUGAAUGAAUUCUUCGGUCGCGCUCGAUGACUCGAAUCGAUCGGCGGCUCUCGGCUUGAUCGAGAUCGGUUCUGAAAUCUUGCCCCUCUCCUCCUUCCCCUCCAGACCAGAUCCCUUAUCGCGCGGUGUGGCUCCACGGCGGAUGUCUACCGAGGUGGAAACAGUGACAGUGACCGGGCCGGACCCCUAAGCAACACGACCUCACAGUUGUGUUGAACCUGUCGAAGAUAGUGGAUAGGGAUAAAAAUGUUGUCUGAAAUUGGAAUCGUUGGAAGCGCCGCUCAAAGUUGCGAAGAAACGUUGGCAAGCAUCUCGUCGAUACGAGGCGAUCCCUUGAAUCGUGGGUUGUCGAAAGAGUUGUUGCCGAUUUGGAACGAUGCACAAUAGAGAAUUUGGAACGUUGGGUAUUUGAUAUAGGGUCGGAAGAAUCUUCUCUUGCCGGGCGGUGGAGAGUCGAGGUUGUCGCAAAGAUGUCGUCGAACGGCGAGUUUUCGACGAUGUCGAGCGAGGAGGUGCCCUCGUUGCCCAAGUCGUUGCCGAGCUCGAGGGAGGCGACGGCCGAGGGUAGUUCCGGCUCCAGCGGCGGCUACAUGCCCCUGCGCGAGUUCCUCGAUCGAUUCUCGUUGCCGAGGGUGGUGAGGCUCGAGGGCACCGGCGGGAGGCCGGUGUUGCUCUACAAACAGCAACAGAGAUCGCUCCGCGUUACAGCGACCCUGUUGAUACAUCGUUACAGGCACGAUGUCAAAGUGGGGCCGGAAAUAGUCAUUCCAGAAGGUUAUCCGGGAUGGUUUUCUGUGAUAUCUGGGAACAAUACAACGGGCAGUGCAAGGGUGUACAGAAGAGUGGAUUCAUUGGUACGAGCAGGGGUACCAGCGUUUCUUUUAGCCGCACCUUUAAGGGCAUACAUCUUGACCCACUCGAAAAUGGAAAAUGGCAAUCUACGAGCUCAUUAUACAAAGACCACGAUCAGAGCUGGAGAGAUUCUGCGAUUAAUAGCGGUUUUCCAAGACACGAGGAAGUGUAGUACGGUUUCCUUCGGAAUUUCUGGCAGCUCUUCCGAAAAGGAUCAGUACGCACAAUGUUUGGAUCCACAUGGUCGUGAAGUAUUCGCUUCUUUGUCGGCAAGAGGGGAAUUCUAUGCUAUUUGCCAGAAUGGAAGUAUCGAUACCGGAAGCGAUGCAGUACUGUACAAAGUACAUCAUCUUGCGAAAAGACCUUUGCCUCUCAGGGUUCGCCUAAUAGCCGGUCCAUUACCUGUACCACUGCCAAGGGAAUAUGGCGGCUUAAUGCAACUGGAAAGUUCAACUCGAGGUCCAAUUGUUUUAGGAUGCAUUGUACCGGAAAGACCAGUUCACAAUCCUGAAAUGCUUGAGUUGGUCGUGACCGGAAAUGGUGCACCAAGAGUGAGAAGAGCACGAUUAGGUUAUCCAUCAGAAGCUAGACUUCUGGCAUCGCCGAAAAUGCAACGAUUAUUAUCUGCCUGCAGCCGGGCUGUCGGAGAUCGUGCAACGGAACCAAGAGUGGCACCUUUGAAACUGCAUCCAGUCGGUGAAAAUCUUAAGGAGAUGCAUUUAAAAAAAAUCAAACCGAAACCGGAAACGAAGCCAAUAUUGCAAAGUCUGAAAGAUGGAUUGGAACAAUUGAAGAAGAGCACCGUUCGAGAAAAGAGUCAAACCAGACAGAAUUGUCGAAACGGAUUUCUGGAUCGAAUUUCGAAAUUCGCUCAAGGCAAUCGCAGCAGGAACCCUGCGAAAAAAUCAGCUUCGUUCACGUUUGCAGUGAAACCGGAAAUUGCAAUGAGGUGUCAAGAGCGUUAUUCCAGUUUGGAGCCAGAAACUACCUCUCAUCCGAAUCAUUCGAAUUCUUCUUCCAAACAACCUGUACAAAGAUCGGCAUCCACCAGUGUUCUAGAAAUGCCAGCCAAUGUUGAAUUACAACCCAAUUAUUCUCGUGUUAGAGAUAGUCUUACACCAGUGCCAUCCCUUCCCAAGUUAACUAGGACUAAAGCUGAUGACAUUUAUGCGGAGAUUUGUGAGAACGCGGCUGCGCAGGUCCAAAAAUGUCCCGGAAGUCAUGUUAUGGCUAGGAUCAAAAUCGUUGUAAAAGGUCGUGAUUCGACUACAGCUUUGCCAAGCAAAAUUAGUGACAAUAAUAGAUAUGCAAACUCUAUGGUAACGACUGAUCAAAUUGAUUCGAUUAUCAGCACGGAAGAUGAAGUUAUUUACAAUACGAUAUUUUGAAAGUGGAAAAUUAUUAUUAUUAUAAGUUAACCGGCUGUGUUUGAUGAUCGAGAACUCGUUGAUUGUUUUUUAUCAACGUAGAAUUAGAAAUUGAAUCUGUAUCAUAUUAUAUAAAAAGCACUAUGAAGUAAUAUGUAAUAUUUUAAAAGUUGUAAUAGUUGCAUGUACAUAUCUUUGCCAUACAUACUAACAAUAGUAAUGAAAAUGAAUAAAGUUCUAAAAAUGAAAA